UCGUGGAGCCAGGGCAAGGGAGAGACAGAAGGAGCAAGUGACCCAGGGAGACAAACACUUGGAGAUACUUGGGGCUGAGUUUGAGCAAGACUCCCUAACCUGUGCCUGGACAAGUCUGAUGUCCUGUGUGGCCCAAGAAGAACUGACCCUGUGUCUGGAGCUCACACCGUUAUUGCAUCCCUGCUGUGGCUCACCUGCUGCUGUCUCCAGGAGCCCCUGAGAAGAUUUGCUUCCUCUCCCCCGCUAAGCUCCAGGUCCUGAGAUUGAAUUAGGGGCUGGAGCUCACUGCACUCCAGCAGUCAUGGGACCCAGGAUAGGGCCAGCGGGUGAGGGACCCCAGGUACCAGACAAGGAAACCAAAGCCACAAUGGGCACAGAAAACACACCUGGAGGCAAAGCCAGCCCAGACCCUCAGGACGUGCGGCCAAGUGUGUUCCAUAACAUCAAGCUGUUCGUUCUGUGCCACAGCCUGCUGCAGUUGGCGCAGCUCAUGAUCUCCGGCUACCUAAAGAGCUCCAUCUCCACAGUGGAGAAGCGCUUCGGCCUUUCCAGCCAGACAUCGGGGCUGCUGGCUUCCUUCAACGAGGUGGGGAACACAGCCUUGAUUGUGUUUGUGAGCUAUUUUGGCAGCCGGGUGCACCGACCCCGAAUGAUUGGCUAUGGGGCUAUCCUUGUGGCCCUGGCGGGCCUGCUCAUGACUCUCCCGCACUUCAUCUCGGAGCCAUACCGCUAUGACAACACCAGCCCUGAGGAUAUGCCACAGGACUUCAAGGCUUCCCUGUGCCUGCCCACAACCUCGGCCCCAGCCUCAGCCCCCUCCAAUGGCAACUGCUCAAGCUACACAGAAACCCAGCAUCUGAGUGUGGUGGGGAUCAUGUUCGUGGCACAGACCCUGCUGGGCGUGGGCGGGGUGCCCAUUCAGCCCUUUGGCAUCUCCUACAUCGAUGACUUUGCCCACAACAGCAACUCGCCCCUCUACCUCGGGAUCCUGUUUGCAGUGACCAUGAUGGGGCCAGGCCUGGCCUUUGGGCUGGGCAGCCUCAUGCUGCGCCUUUAUGUGGACAUUAACCAGAUGCCAGAAGGUGGUAUCAGCCUGACCAUAAAGGACCCCCGAUGGGUGGGUGCCUGGUGGCUGGGUUUCCUCAUCGCUGCCGGUGCAGUGGCCCUGGCUGCCAUCCCCUACUUCUUCUUCCCCAAGGAAAUGCCCAAGGAAAAACGUGAGCUUCAGUUUCGGCGAAAGGUCUUAGCAGUCACAGACUCACCUGCCAGGAAGGGCAAGGACUCUCCCUCUAAGCAGAGCCCUGGGGAGUCCACAAAGAAGCAGGAUGGCCUAGUCCAGAUUGCACCAAACCUGACUGUGAUCCAGUUCAUUAAAGUCUUCCCCAGGGUGCUGCUGCAGACCCUACGCCACCCCAUCUUCCUGCUGGUGGUCCUGUCCCAGGUGUGCUUGUCAUCCAUGGCUGCGGGCAUGGCCACCUUCCUGCCCAAGUUCCUGGAGCGCCAGUUUUCCAUCACAGCCUCCUACGCCAACCUGCUCAUCGGCUGCCUCUCCUUCCCUUCGGUCAUCGUGGGCAUCGUGGUGGGUGGCGUCCUGGUCAAGCGGCUCCACCUGGGCCCUGUGGGAUGCGGCGCCCUUUGCCUGCUGGGGAUGCUGCUGUGCCUCUUCUUCAGCCUGCCGCUCUUCUUUAUCGGCUGCCCCAGCCACCAGAUUGCGGGCAUCACCCACCAGACCAGUGCCCACCCUGGUCUGGAGCUGUUUCCAAGCUGCAUGGAGGCCUGCUCCUGCCCAUCGGACGGCUUUAACCCUGUCUGCGACCCCAGCACUCGUGUGGAAUACAUCACACCCUGCCACGCAGGCUGCUCAAGCCGGGUGGUCCAGGAUGCUCUGGACAAAAGCCAGGUUUUCUACACCAACUGCAGCUGCGUGGUGGAGGGCAACCCCGUGCUGGCAGGAUCCUGCGACUCAACCUGCAGCCAUCUGGUGGUGCCCUUCCUGCUCUUGGUCAGCCUGGGAUCGGCCCUGGCCUGUCUCACCCACACACCCUCCUUCAUGCUCAUCCUAAGGGGAGUGAAGAAAGAAGACAAGACUUUGGCUGUGGGCAUCCAGUUCAUGUUCCUGAGGAUUUUGGCCUGGAUGCCCAGCCCCGUGAUCCACGGCAGCGCCAUCGACACCACCUGUGUGCACUGGGCCCUGAGCUGUGGGCGUCGAGCUGUCUGUCGCUACUACAAUAACGAUCUGCUUCGAAACCGAAGACGGUGUGCUGGACAAGGCCCUGGCAACCAGGGAAGACUUCCUGGUGGAGGUGGAGAGGAGGUAGGAGGGCAAUCCAGAGAGAAAACAGAAGACCCUAUUCUAACAGCUGCUGUCCCUUGGCCAGGAGGGGGCCUCUCCCAGCUCCUCCCAGCAACUCGGAGCAAUAAGUGAAGAUGUCAGCACCUUGGACAGCGCCCAACCCAUUACAGGACGCGGAGCCAGCGGAAGCCAAGCUCUCCACCUCCCUUAGCCUCUGGGUGAUGGAUUUCCUCUCUUCUCAAUUUGAUUAAAGCCCAGUAGAUAACCAGAGCGCCUUGUUCCUUUCUCUUCUCCCUUCCUGAUGAACAUAAUUAACUCCGUCAGGCUGGGAAUGCUUGCUCUUAAAUACUGCCUGCCCAGCCCCCACCCAGGCAUGAAUCAGUAAAAUAGAACACUUGGAAGAUUCACACGUUUCUUCCUAGGGAAUGAAAGUGGGAGAGGAAGCUGUCUCUGAGAUAUACAGAGGCUGUGAAUGAAGGCUGACAUGUGGUGGUUGGGUAGAGAAACCCCUAAACUGGAAGUCAGGAAGUUUAGUUUAGUCCUAGCUUUGCCACUAAUCCAGAUAUGAUCUAGGCAGGUCAUGUGCCCUUUCAUUCUGAGCCUGUUUUUCCAUUUGCAAGAUGUAUAUUGGUCUAGAUAAUAUCAGAUGCUGAGUUCAGUGCUAAUGUGCUAUGGUCGAAAAUCUUUAAAACAGAGAGGGAAAGGAACUUGCCCAAGGUCACACAGCAAGCUUAUGGCAAAGCAGACUUUAAUUCAUGGCUCCUGGCUUCUACCCCAGUGCUAUUUCCACAAACUUACCCCUUCAUUCAUAUCACAGACUUUCUUGCCUGAAGAUGGAGACUAAGGAAGUUAAAAACAGAUAGGAUUGCAUUAAUUGGUGUUAGCAAAAGAAAAUAACAUUUAACAUAUGUGUAAAUGCUAAUCUCUCUGAAGAGAACAGAAAGCAUGGCAUAAAUAAUUAAGAUUAUGGGGAAAGGAUCACCUGAUAGAGACAGAAAAUCAACCCCACACUCAGAGAAUCCCAGAAAGGUUUUGUGACUUGCCCAAGGCCAUCUAGUAAGGCAACUCUUGAAUCUUUUAAAAAGAAAGAGUGAACUCUUACCUUAAGUGUUGGUGGUGCCCCUGUCGGAGAAGGAGAGAGAGAGAGACAAUAUGAAUUAGCAAGUAUGUAUUAAGUUGCUGACGUGUGCCCAGCUCUCUACUAGGCACUUUAGGAGGGAUAUAAAACAUAAGGUAUGAAUGCUGCUCUCUAGGCACCAGGUCUUUGAUGUUUUGCUUCUUCUACUUGGAAUGACUUCCAAUGUACCCGUGUAUAUCCAAAUACUGCUGUUUUAUUAAGGCCCAAACCAAAUGUCUCUCCUGACAGGAAGGCAUCCAUAACCUCAUCCAGAAGCCACUCGCUCCUCCAAAUCUCCAAAGCAUUUUCUGUGUUCCUGUUUUAUAGUAUUUCACACCGUUUGCCUUAUCUGCUCCUAUUCCUUCUGCUAAGAAAAGGGAGGAGAGAGAGAGAGAGAGCACAAAAUACUCAACACAAGAUUUGACAUGCCAUAGAAUCUCAGUAAAAAAUGGAUAGAUGGGCUGGGCAUGAUGGCUCACGUCUGUAAUCACAGCACUGUGGGAGGCCAUGGUGGGUGGAUCACCUGAGUUCAGGAGCUCAAGACCAGCCUGGCCAACAUGAUGAAACCCCGUCUCUACUAAAAAUACAAAAAAUUAGCCGGACGUGAUGGCACAUGCCUGUAAUCCCAGCUACUUGAGAGGCUGAAGCAGGAGAAUCACUCAAACCUGGGAGGUGGAGGUUGCAGUGAGCUGAGAUCACACCAUUGCACUCCAACUUGGGCAACAAGAGCGAAACUCUGUCUCAAAAAAAAAAAAAAUGGAUGGAAGGAUGGAUGGAUGAUGAAUACAGAUGUAUGGGUGACUGGGAAAGAGGGUAGAUGAAGGCAUGAAUAUGUGGAUGAGUGAGUGGGUGGGUGAAUGGAUGGAUGAACAGAUAGGGAAGUAUAUCAUUGGUUAGGAGGGUAGAAAAUUGAUUAAAUGUAAGUGGGUUUGUGGAUGAGUAGGUAGUUGGAGAGGUGAAUGAGUGCUCUAUGGACAGAUGAAUGGAAGGGAAUGUGGGUAGUUAGUUGGGCUGGUAAAUGUAUGGGUUAAUAUAUAGUGGUUAAUGCAUGUUCUCACUUAUAAGUGGGAGCUGGACAAUGAGAACACAUGGACACAGGGAGGGGAACAACACACACUGGGACCUGUCAGGGGGUGGGGGAACAGAGAACAUCAAGAUAAAUAGGUAAUACCUAGGUGAUGGGUUGAUAGGUUGCAACAAACCACCAUGGCACAUAUUUGUCUGUGUAACAAAUCUGCAUUAUAUAUGGUUGGGUAGUUGCCUAUGGGUGGGCAAACAAGUAGAUGAAUAAUUGCAUCAUUGUAUGGAAAGAUAAAUGUCAGAGUAGGUGGAGAGAAUUAUUUGUUGGUGGGACAUGCAGAUGUUCCUAAUAUCUUUUUCAUAGAAACUUUCCAUUGCUGGUGCCAGAAAAAUUACUAUGGGGUUUAGUUGACUCUGUGCUUAAGCUGAGUCAAAGUGUGUUAACACCCCCAAAGAUCUCAGGUGAUUUCAGGCUGUAUCAAUGGAAAUCUAAUAACAAGACCAAAAAGAGUGAUGAUUCUAUCCUGCCCUGAGCUGUUCACACUUCCCUGGGGUCUGUGCUCCACUCUGUACCUCUGAAGAGAUGAUGCCAUCCAUAGCUUGUGCAUUGCUAUGGUGUCCCCCAAAGUUCAUGUGUUAGAAACUGAAUUUCCAAUGCAACAGUGUUGAGAGGUGGGGCCUUUAAGAGGGGAUUAGUUCAUAAGGGCUCUGCCCUCAUGAAUGAAUGAAUAUGGCUAUCAUGGAAAUAGGUUUAUUAUUGAAGGAGUGGGUUUGUUAUAAAAGCAACCCCUCUCUUGCUCACUCUCUCUCUCUCUUUCUCUCUCUAUCUCUCUUUCUGUCUCAUACACACACCCUCUCUUGCCCUUCUCCCCUUUGCUGUGGGAUCACACUGCACAAAGGCCCUUACCAGAUGUGGGCCCCUCAAUCUUAGACUUCCAGAAGUGUAAGAAAUAAAUCUCUGUUCCUUAUAAAUUGCCUAGUCUCAGGUAUUCUGUUAUAGUAGCACAAAAAUGAACUAAGACGUGCACAUAGGAGACACAGUAGGAAGUAAUCUAUUAAGUCCACCAAAUGAAGAACCACUGAAAGAACCAUAAAUGUUCAGCCUGGAGAAGAGCCAACUCAGUAGUGGCAACCACUGUGUCCCAGGAUCUGGCUGGCUGUCCUGGGGCAUGCCCUAUGUCCUCAGCAGCAGAGCUGGGUCCUAGGGGAAGUCACCAGGCUGCUGUCCCAGCCCCUUGUGAAAAAGGACUUUCUCCUAGGUGGAGUCAUCACAUAAGGGAAGGACUAUCCCAGGGCAGUGAGCUCCCUAUUCCUGAGGGUGU